AGCGCAACUUGAAAAGAAAGCACUUGUAUACAUACAAAUAAGAAAAUGCCGCUGUAUAAUAAAUUAAAUCUGUAAACUAUUGCUCAUGGUAAACCGUACACUGUUAGAUUUUUGUGAACUGCUGGAACAUAGAGUGAGAUAUAAUACAGGUUUCAAAUUUUUGCUGCUUAUCUCUCUGAAGAGUUCAAAGUUUCGAAACAAUGGCCGAAUCCUUGUCUUUAUUUACUGGCAGUGAAGUUGUGAUAGUUACUGGCGCUAGUUCUGGCAUCGGGGCAGCCACAGUUCAGCGUCUGGCUCAGAAAGGAGUAAGAAAAUUCUGUGUCACGGGCAGAAAUGAACAAGGACUGUGCAAGACAAUAGACACUGUCAUUCGGGAGGCCACCAACAAACCCGAGUUUGUUACUGUAAUAGGUGAUUUAACCCAUACUCAAACUAUCGAGAAAAUUGUCGAAGAUACUAUCAAAACAUUUGGAAAAAUUGACACUCUAAUCAAUAACGCCGGCUGGUCUUACGGAAUAGCGUCGAUUUUUGAAGAGACAAUUGAAGCCUUCCAGAAAACUUUUGACCUCAACGUAAAGGCUGUGGUCAUGCUGACAAAGUUGUGUCUUCCCUACUUGCGAGAAUCAAAAGGAAACGUUAUAAAUAUCUCAUCUACAGGAAGUGUUCAGAACUAUAAUAACCUCUCGUUCUACUGUAUGAGCAAGGCUGCUCUGGACAUGUUCACAAAAUGCCUGGCAACUGAGGAAGGCAAAAAUGGAAUAAGAGUUAACUCUGUCAAUCCAGGAUUUGUGGAUACAGGUAUCCAUGAAAGGUGUGGGAUGCCUCGUUCUGCAGUUGAUGAACUAGUUGAGAGGUGCAAGAACAGCCAUGCAGUCGGAAGAGGCGGAGCACCAGAGGAAGUUGCCAACAUAAUCGCGUUCAUUGCAAGCAAGGAGGCCUCGUUCGUCACUGGUAACAUUACAAUGGUAGACGGGGGACUCAAUUGCUAUAAUCCACUAUAAAACUGAUUUUGAUAGUGGCAGAAUUUUUCACGAAUUACAAGUCGCAUAUAAGAACUGCCCUUAGUGAACGGCAAUGAAAGACUGAUUAAAAUACUGAUAUACUGAUUGAAUGAAUACUAAAAAACGGAUUGAAAUCAAGAUUAAAAUAGCUGUA